AUGGCCAAAGAAAAGACGGGCAUCAAUGUCAUUGUCGUAGGCGCAGGCUUCGGUGGCCUCGCCUCCGCCAUAGAAUGCCACCGCCAAGGCCACACCGUAACCAUUUACGAAGCCUUCCCCGAGCUCAAGAUCCUCGGCGACAUCAUCUCCUUCGGCCCCAACGCCGGCCGCAUCUUCUACCGCUGGGGCGACGGCGCCGGUUCGGUGGUGAACCGCAUGCGGCCCCUCAGCAUCGACACGCGCGAGCACGGCUUCAACAUCCGCAAGUUCGACACAGGCGAGAUCGUCGUCAAUCAGCCCGCGGCGCAGUAUCCGUGGGAAACGCCUAGUUUGAACGGGCACCGUGGGGAGUUGCAUGAGGUUGUGUUUAAUCAUGUGAGGGAUGAGCUGGGGAUUCCGGUGCAUUUGGGGAGGAGGAUUGAGGAGUAUUUUGAGGAUGAUGAGGGGGUGGGCAUUGUGCUUGAUACGGGGGAGAGGGUACCGGCGGACGUGGUCAUUGCCGCCGAUGGAGUCAAGUCGAAAGCCCGCCAAGCUGUUCUCGGCUACGAAGACAAGCCUAAGAGCAGCGGUUACGCCGUCUGGCGCGCUUGGUUCUCCAACGAGGACAUGGUAGCAGACCCAGAAACAGCCCACUUCUGCUCGCGCGACACCUUCAACGGCUGGAUCGGCCCCGACAAACACUUCCUCUUCAGCACCAUCAAAGGCGGCCAAGACGUCUGCUGGGUGCUCACCCACCGCGACAUCCACGACAUCGACGAAUCGUGGUCCUUCCCGGGAAACCUCGACGAAGUCCGCGCGGCCCUCGAAGGCUGGGAUCCCCUCUGCACGCGCAUCAUUUCCAAAACACCCCAAGACCGCCUCGUGGAUUGGAAGCUCGUCUACCGCGACCCCUUACCCACCUGGGUGAGUCCCAAGGGAAGGAUUCUCCUGCUCGGCGAUAGCGCCCAUCCGUUCCUUCCCACGAGUGCCCAGGGUGCGGCGCAGGCUUUGGAGGACGCCGCUACGAUUGCCGUUUGUCUGCGGAGGGGAGGCAAGGCGGGCGUGAGCACGGCGCUGAGGACGCACGAGAAGAUUCGGUACGAGAGGGUGAAGAAGGUGCAGAAGACGGGGGAGUCGACGAGGGAUAUGUGGCAUAAGACGGAUUGGGAGGCUGUGAGGAGGGAUCCGAAGCUGAUUGAGUUUCCGAGACCGGAGUGGAUAUUUGGGCAUGAUGCCGAGAAGCAUGCCGAGGAGGUCUACGAUGAGGUGGCUGCUACGGUGUAG